GCGAAAAAUAGGAAACGCUGCUUGUCUUCGCUGAGAAAACAAAAGUCUCCCCGGGCUUUAAUUCCCACAUGCUGUCGACAUGUCACCCAAAAAACGGCAGAAUGUUUCUGAAACGGGUGGAAAGAAUAAGAAAGGGAAACGUGGUGAACUCGCCGUGAUAAAUUCGGAUUUGAGGGAUGAUUCUAUCCAGAAAGGAAUGAGAGACGCAUGGCAGAGGAAAGAGAGUUAUUCUAAUGGCAGUGUGCAGCUGGACUGCGAGCCCUUUCCUCACUGUCAGAUCACUAAUUUCCUGCAGAGUGAGAGCUUUGUGGAGAGCCUACAAGCAGAGCUAAUUCAGCUUAAUUUCAACAGCAAGUCAAAUGACUUGUACAAGUUUCAACAGUCAGAUGAUCUGAGAGAGAGAAGAGAACACCAUAUAUCACAGAUAAGGUCAGUGAUUUUUGGGGAGUUCCGUCUGUGGUUGUCAGAAGUGUUGCAAGUGGAUUUGGAGGCAACUGUCGAUAUAUCCUGUGCCAAAUAUGAGCAUACAGAUGUGUUGCUCUGUCAUGAUGAUGAGCUGGAGGGGCGAAGAGUUGCAUUCAUUCUCUACCUGGUGCCUCCUUGGGAGCUGACAGAUGGAGGAUCACUGGACCUGUUCAGCACUGAUGAACACUCUCAGCCGGUGAGCAUUUCCAAGUCUCUGCUUCCUCGCUGGAACUCUCUGGUGUUUUUUGAAGUGUCCCCAGUCUCCUUCCAUCAGGUGGCAGAGGUUCUUAGUGAGGGGAAGUGCCGUUUAUCUCUGAGUGGUUGGUUUCAUGGCCACUCACUGCCAAGACCCCCACGCUACAUGGAACCCUCUGAUCCCCGUCACACGCACAUCCCCAGAGAUGAGAGUGUUAUAUUUGAUUGGGUGAACGAGAUGUACCUGGAUCCUCGCUAUCAGGCUCGGGUGCAGCAAGAAUUCGAAGAUAGUUCAGAGAUCUGCUUGCCUAGUUUCUUACAGGAGGAAAAAUUUAGGCAGGUGCGUAGUGCUCUGCAGUCUUCUGAAAUCCAGUGGGAGAAAAGGGGUCCACCCAAUAAGAGGUGUUAUAGCUGUGCAGAUAUCCAGAAUGUCCCAUCUUGUUUAAAGGAGUGCUGGGAACUCCUUUCCUCUGAGCCAUUCUUCAUCCUCUUGUCCAACUUGACUGGCCUCCGUCUCCACUAUCUGGCUCAGUGUGAUGAUGAGGACGAGAGCGAUGAGGAAAAGAGUGAGACAGAGAAUGAAGAUGAAGAGAACAGCACACGAGUAGAAGGCUCCAGUUGUGCCGCUGGUGCUUCAUCAGCUGAGAAUAAAGCCAAAGGACCUCCUACUUAUGUAGGAAAACUGCGUCGCUGGGCACAUGGUGACUACACAUUAUUACAUGACUCUGUGAAACGAGAGUAUGGUUUGGAUCUUCAGCUUCACAUGGGCUGUGCAGGGUGGAAGGCAGAGUUUGGGGGAUUUACAUCCUAUAUUGCACAUGAUGAAGACGAGGAGCUCUUGACGGUGUAUCCAGAGGAUAACUCCCUCGCUCUGGUCUACAGAGACAAAGACACACUCAAGUUCAUCAAACAUAUUAAUAACAGCAGCUCUGCCCAGCUUUCUGCCCCAAAUACCACAGCAUUCUAUGACUUUUGUUUUAACUACUAUGAAUGAUGUGAGAAACAGAGCGAUUGAUUGACUGUAAAAUUCAAGAGGCACUUUCAUCUUGGACUGAAGGAUGUAUAAGAAUUUUGCAAACAUUCAGUGCUAAAUUUGAUGCUCUACAUUAAAUGUAAUAAUUGGAUUGUAAAUCAAAAUGAGAGCAUUUUGUGCUAUAAUGUCAGUAAAUGGAUUAUUAACCACCCAGGUAAUGUCAUUGUUUUUUAUUUGAUCUUCAGCACAGAACUGUACCAAGCCAUUAAAAAUAGUGCAGAUAUAUGAAACAAAUGAUUUACAUUAUCAAAGCAUUUGCAAACCCUAUUUGAAAGCCUGUAUGCCAAGUAUUACUUUAAUUUUAUGCAGGUCCAGAGGCUCUUUAUGUAUUUUGAGUGUGUAUAUGCAGAGGUUUGGACAGUGUGUGAUGAACGCUGUUAUCACAUCAUGCGAGACCACACAAUAACGGUGAACCUCCGAAGUUUGACACACUGCUUUGCUAAGGAUAUCAGAGCAGAGUUUAGUUCAGGAGAGGAGGGUGUCUACAGCUUCAGAACCUCCAGUGUGUUUGCAUAACUCUUCCCUACUAGAUGAACCUCAUCCAACAGCAAUGUCCAAGUGAGCAAGUGUAGACUUCGGACUGGGAUGCUGAGCUGCAGAACCCCGGGAACAUGCCAUUCAGGGAGGGUGUGGUCCAGCUCAAGCUCCACCCAGAGAUGUGGGUGUCUCAGUUUUAACUCUAACUAUAUUUGGUCACAGAGAGGCAGUGCGUAUCUGAGGCUGCGUUCACAACGAAGCUCUAGUAUAUUCAGCGCUGGUCGCUCUGGCAACAUAAGAUCGUUCAGAACAUCUUGUGACAGACUGGUCUGAAAAACUCAAAGAACACUGAGUGACCGGCAGUACUUCAGCACUUGCCUCAGUGUUUCAGCGUUGACGCCACAUACCAGAGAAUGAUUGUUGAUGUUAAGACUUUGCAGAGCAGGACAAAGCAUGGCUACACUCCUGACAAAGGAGUCGCUGAGAGUGAAGGUAACACCCCUUAAGUUGAGCACAGUAAGUGACGACUAAUUCAUCAGUAUGUCCACUAAGCCUUGUUGCAGGUCCUGACCAGGGUAAAAGAGGGGUGUAUUCCCCACACAGCAGAUGGAAAGUCCCUCCAGCCACCCAUCACCCUUGGCAACUGCCUGCCGCAGCACCCACAGUCCUGUUCUAUGAUUAGCUGGAUCAGUCAGAUUCAUGCUCAGCUUCAAAUUUCGGACCAGUGGCAGAUGAGCAGUACAUUUUUCAGGACUACUAGUCCCUGA